CCACUUGAAUGCCACAUGCCAUUAGGUUUCUACUUUUUGGUGCAGAUCCCAUUUUCGACAGCCACCAGGACCCGCGCUACGAGCUCUCACCCACGAACAUCGUCAUGUUGAUCAGAUUUGUUUGCCUAAUAAAAAACAUAAUAGGCUUGUGCUAGGCAUGCGGUCUUCUUCUCCAUUCCGAGGUAAAAAAAAUCCUUUGACCGAUUGAUAACACCACACCAGUCAAGCUCGGUGCUUUCACUAAUGGCGGCUUCAACUAUCACGGCCACCGGAUCUUCUCUUUUCGGUAAAAAGUGCGAUUUGGGCCGUUUAAUCUCCUCUUCUUCCACUUCAUUUGUCGCGCAUAGAUGCAGGAAACACUCUUUAAAUAAGAUUCUCUCAGUCAUGGCACCUUCCCGUUCUCCUCAGCGUUCUCUAUCAGCCUCUGGCUCGGUGAAGCACGCGAUGACGAUGACGGAGAAGAUUCUAGCUAGGGCUUCUGAAAGGUCGCAUCUUGAACCCGGAGAAAAUGUUUGGGUGAAUGUGGAUGUUCUGAUGACCCAUGAUGUCUGUGGUCCUGGAACCAUCGGAAUCUUCAAGAGAGAAUUUGGAGAGAAUGCUAAGGUUUGGGAUCGUGAAAAAAUAGUUAUAAUACCAGAUCACUACAUUUUCACAAGCGAUGAGCGUGCUAACCGAAAUGUUGAUAUCCUGAGGGAUUUCUGUAUGGAGCAAAACAUCAAAUAUUUCUAUGAUAUUAAAGAUAUUGGGAAUUUCAAGGCUAAUCCAGAUUAUAAAGGUGUUUGCCAUGUUGCUCUUGCUCAAGAGGGUCAUUGUAGACCCGGCGAGGUUUUGCUCGGUACAGAUUCACACACUUGUACGGCUGGUGCUUUUGGUCAAUUUUCGAGUGGAAUUGGGAACACUGAUGCAGGCUUUGUCAUGGGCGCUGGAAAGCUUCUACUAAAGGUGCCUCCUACAUUGAGAUUCACAUUGGAUGGAGAAAUGCCAAGUUAUUUGCUAGCUAAGGAUUUGAUUUUGCAAAUAAUUGGCGAAAUAACUGUAGCUGGCGCGAGAUACAAGUCUAUGGAAUUCCUUGGUUCGACUGUUGAAAGCUUGAGUAUGGAAGAGAGGAUGACAUUAUGCAACAUGGUCGUAGAAGCCGGGGGAAAGAAUGGGGUUGUCCCUGCAGAUAAAACUACGUUCAAAUAUCUUGAGGAUAAGACUUCUGUGGAAUAUCAACCUGUGUAUAGUGAUGAAAAUGCCAGGUUCAUUCAAGAUUACAAAUUUGAUGUCUCAAAAUUGGAACCAUUGGUUGCAAAGCCGCAUUCACCCGAUAAUCGUGGUCUAGCAAGAGAAUGUAGAGAUGUUAAAAUUGAUAGGGUGUACAUAGGAUCGUGCACGGGAGGAAAGACGGAGGAUUUUAUGGCCGCUGCUAAGGUUUUUCUAGCCUCGGGAAAGAAGGUCAAAGCCCCUACAUUUCUUGUUCCAGCCACUCAGAAGGUCUGGAUGGAUCUGUAUGGCCUCCCAGUUCCAGGAUCUGGAGGGAAGACCUGCUCCCAGAUCUUUGAAGAAGCUGGCUGUGAUACUCCCACAAGUCCUAGCUGUGGUGCUUGUUUGGGUGGCCCUCGAGAUACCUAUGCUCGCAUGAACGAACCUCAGGUUUGCGUGUCGACCACGAACCGGAAUUUUCCUGGUAGAAUGGGGCACAAAGAAGGUCAAAUUUAUCUUGCUUCGCCGUAUACGGCGGCUGCAUCAGCAUUGACUGGCUUUGUAACGGACCCGAGAGAGUUCUUGCAGUAGGAACAGAUUCCUUGUAGGCUCCGCCGACCGUCUUUUGGCGCGUGUUAUGGGCUUUGUUGUCCGUUGAUGAGGAGCUGUUUGUGCUCAAUGUAUGAUUGGGGUUAUAGUUAGGAGAGAUGGGAUCUGAGAAGAGUCUUGCAAUCUGGGUCAAGAAUUAGGGAUUGUUCAUUGCUUGUUACUUGUUAAUAACAAGUAUAGUGUGUAUUUGAUGGGGGACUAUUUGUGAGAAGUAAUAUGUGAAGUUAUAAACAGGAGAGUUCAUUGCUUCUUAUUGACCAUUUGAUCCUGUGUUUUUACUUUACAUGCAUGCCUCACAAUUCUUAUGUAUU